AUUCAGGUUUUACAAGAGCAGCACCCGCGCCCCUAUUCUUUUAUGUCUUCACAGGAAUCAGCUGCCAUGAUUGCCACCCCACCUCGAGAAAACCCCCUGGUUGCCUGGUUAAAAGCCUACGCCCUGCAGGAGGUCCUCAUCGGAAACCUGUCAGAUGUCCCCUCAUCACAUGAUUGUGUCGCCUGCACAAGACGAGAGGCCUCAGAUGGAGGAUCCCCUUUCCUCUGGAAGUUCCUCCCCCUCACGAACCUGACCCCACAGCAUCCAGCCUCCGCCUGCAACAACACAGACUGGGUCCAUCGACCACUGUUCACCUGCAACACCAGCAGUGACGACCGGAAACCCAACUCAUUCGCCCCUGUUGCGUUUAACCCCCUCUCCUACAGUUUAACUUUACAGCAAAUCCGUGGACUGUCACUUGGUCUGGAGGCCCUCACCAACAUCACAGCCGAAGGGUUUCGUCAAACCAGCGACGCUCUCACAGUCCUGGCCAGCUACGCCGAGCAGAACCGUCUUCUGAUCCAGACCAUCCUACAAAAGGACUUUUGUGUUGCCUUAGAGGACCCUGAUCCUCGCUUUAAGGGACAAUGUUGCCUGCACCUUCAGCCUGGGUGGAACAACAUCUCAGCCGUGGCUGACCAACUGUCCUCCUUCGCCGUGCAGAUUCGUAAGGAGCGUAAGCAGUGGGAUCCUGGGCCCAGUCCAUUGAGCAGUGGCUUAUUACUGUUGCUAUUAUUCUUGUAGCCUUUUUGUUGGGGAUGGCAGUGGUCAAGCAGCUAAUUCGUAAGGUUGUGUCAGCCCUGCCUUUGCAGGUGAGGUAUUCCUCCAUCCCCUUGGACAGCAGCAAACCACCACCUCCAUACUACGAAGACGACGACUUAUAAAACACCCUUUUUUUUCUUUUCUUUUUUUUUGGUCUUUGCAUGGGAUAUCCCCUUCACAGCCCAUUCAAGUCGGCCAGGGGGGCAUGUCUGUUACAGCUCCAUUUUGUUUCUUAAAGCUGUCCCCUUACUCCAUUUUGUUCUUGUUCUCCUCUGUGGCUGCUCCUCCCUGGCUGUUAAAUUGUU